UUUCUAUAUUCAUCUCCCCCCUUCUAUCCCUCCUCCGUCCCUUAACUGGAGGGGCAUAUAGCAACGAAGCCAAAAACACUUCUUCUUCUCUCUCCCUCUCUCUCCCCUUCUCUCCCUCCAGAAUCCUUUGCUUUCACCCCCCUCCGACAUGGCUCUCGUCCGGGGUGGUUUGUUCCUCCUCCUCCUGUCCUUGGCCGCGGUGGCCGAGUCCUCGUUCUCCUUCAACGAGGCAAGCUUGGAAAGCGCUGCGCAUUUCGACAUUGACGCGUUGCGGUCUCGUCACGUCUCCACGUGCAAUGGACAAGUCGGCGACUGUAUCGACGUGGAAGAAGAGAUGAUGAUGGGUUCUGAGGGAGCCCGUCGUGUUCUUGCUCGCCAGAGGUAUAUCAGCUACGGUGCGCUUAGGGCAAACAAUGUCCCAUGCACCAAACGUGGCCGGUCCUACUACAACUGCAACACGAGGGGAAGGGCUAACCCUUACUCCCGUGGCUGCAGUCGCAUCACAAGGUGUGCUAGGGGCUAAGUGAUCGAGAUGAUAUCAAAAAAAAAAAAAAAUGUCCCAAAAAGAAGAAGAAGAAGAUUACAAGAGAGAAAGAACAAGCCAUCAUCAAGUGAAUUCAAUCUUAUCAGUCGUUUUUAUCAUUAUUGAAGUUGAUGAAAAUCAAAACUUCCAUGUAAUUUCUUUCUUUUUUUUCUCCACUCGAUCAUUGUGUCACAAUGUUGGUUUCACAUUUAUUUGGGCAUAAUAUGAGAUACUUAAUUAAUUAUUAUAUUAUAUGUCUGGUGGGUACGAUAA